AUGGUUGCUGGUUUCGAUACAACCUCGACGAUUUUUGCUUAUUCCACUUACGUAUUGGCUACUGAACCCGAAAUUCAAAAGAAACUUCAAGCAGAAAUUGAUAAUCAACAUGGGAAAGAACUCGAUUAUGAUACGGUAACAAAAAUGGAAUAUAUGGAUUUAUUUCUACGAGAAGUUCUUCGUAUGUAUCCGGCUUCCACAGCAGCCGUGACAAGAGUGUGCAAUGAAACCACAACAGUAUGUGGUCAUAACAUCCACAAAGGAAGCGUCAUUCAGCCAGACAUACUCACUGUUCACUACAAUUAUGAUUUAUGGGGUCCCGAAGACCCGAAUCGAUUUGUGCCUGAACGACACGCAACUAAACGACAUUCAAUGGCGCUGUUGACAUUUGGUGCGGGACCACGCAUAUGUAUUGGAAUGCGAUUUGCUCUGAUGGAAAUCAAAAUGGGUUUAGCUCGUUUACUGCGUCAUUAUGUGGUGUUACCCGGCGCACAUUUGGAAGAGGGUUUCCAACUUCGUGAAACAUUUGUCAUACAACCAGAUGCUGUCUAUGUCAAACUCAAUAAACGUCGUUGA